AUGAAUCGAACAGAUCAAAUACCGGAUGCGUGGGACGCGGACUGGGAGACCAUUGCAGAUAAACCAUCGCAAGCUCCUGAACCAGUACCUGAGAAAAAGCUGUCCGCCAGAGCUGCAAAGGCCCAGCGCCGAGCAGAACAUGCCGAAUUCAACCGACAGCUAUGGGCCGAAGCCGAAACACCGCAAACGUUCCACUUCCUCGAGUCUCGGUCUACGGUUCCUUUGAAGUCCGAAUACAAAGUACCCAUGAAAGUUCUUGCGCGCAAACCCCAGAGUAACCGAUCUGGACUUGAAUCAGGCAUUCAGGGACUGUCAGUACAAGAUCAAGGUCAGGGGGAUGACGAUGACGAUGAAGAUUUUGAAAGAAAGCCUGGACAAUUAACGUACGAAGAACGAGUCGCAAAAGCUCAAAAGGAACGGGAGGAAAAGCAACGCAAGUACGAAGAGGUUCGUGAGAGAUUGUUCGGUAGCCCUACUCCAGGCUCAGGUGCAUCAUCUCCUGGCAACGGCACCCCGCCGCGCCAGGGACAACAUCAAGGUGGUGAGGGAAAGAAACGAGGACGAAAUAACAGGUCUAAUACCGGCGGCAAUCGAGAAAACAAAGAACGAAGAGACAGAGAUAAUGCCAAUGCAUCUCCCAAAACACAAGGCCGACUGUUCGACCCAAACUACUCCCCAAGAACAAACUCGAACUAUGUUCAGAGAAAGGAAAAAGAGCGCGCAGUAGGUGAAUUUAGUAGGGAAGCAUCCUCACAGCCACAGCUAGAUAUGCAGUCUCAAUCUCCUCAACUGCAAGCACCCAUCAGAAGCCCCAGAGGACCAGAUUCUAGUGGCAGAGGUGGAUUUGGUGGUUUUCCAUCACGGGGUGGACGAGGUUGA